UUCGCGAGCUAGGUAGUCAAUGUUAUUUAAUUUAAUUAUAAGACGCGAAAUAUACUAUCAUUCUAGGUUUAGUGUAAUAGAGUCCUAAACAUUUUUUAAAUAUUAUUUUUCAUAUUAUAGCCUUAAUUCUUAUGUAACUAGGGUAAUUUAUUCUAAUAUUCUGUGAGUGUUGUCAGCUGCUCACAAUAACCUUUCGUCAUUGCGAGCGAGCAAUUACGCCUAAUUAGUUGAUAAAAAGUAUAACAGCAACAGUGAACAGCAUGGCGAAGGAAGAAGACGAUGAUUUGCCCGACAAGGAUGCGGCGAAGGAGUUCUACGCAAAAUAUGAGCCCAAGGAAAUAAUAGGCAGGGGCAUCAGCUCAACCGUCCGAAGAUGCGUAGAGAAGGAGACAGGCCGGGAGUAUGCCGCCAAGAUCAUAGAUCUCAGUCAGGAGUCCAUGGAUGGAGUAGAUACGCACACAAUGAGAGAUGCCACCAAGCAGGAGAUACAUAUCCUGCGGAUGGUAGCUGGACACCCUUAUAUUAUUGAAUUACAAGAUGUGUUCGAGUCGGAGACAUUCAUAUUCUUAGUAUUUGAGCUGUGCAAGAAUGGCGAGCUGUUCGACUAUCUCACUUCAGUGGUGACACUCUCUGAGAAGAAGACUAGAUAUAUCAUGAGACAAGUCCUAGAGGGCGUGCGAUACAUACACAGCAAGAACAUAGUCCAUCGAGACCUGAAACCCGAAAACAUCUUACUAGACGACCAGCUGAACGUCAAAAUCACAGAUUUCGGCUUCGCUAAAGUUCUUAAAGAGGGGGAGAAAUUAUUCGAGCUGUGCGGCACGCCGGGCUACCUGGCGCCGGAGACGUUGAAGGCGAACAUGUUCGAGGACGCGCCCGGUUACGGCAUGGAGGUCGACAUUUGGGCAUGCGGAGUUAUAAUGUUCACAUUACUAGUGGGCUGCCCGCCGUUCUGGCACCGGAAGCAGAUGGUGAUGCUGCGAAACAUCAUGGAGGGGAAGUACUCCUUCACCAGCCCCGAGUGGGCUGAUAUAUCAGAUGACCCUAAAGACCUUAUCAGGAGGCUAUUAGUAGUAGAGCCCAGCCAAAGGCUGCCCAUAGAAGACGCCCUCAGCCAUCCCUUCUUCAACACAGUGCUCUGGGACCAGGACAUGACGCCGCUCAAGAAGUCGCUCUCGAGCACCAGCCGCCGGAUGUCCAGGAUCGAACUCAUCACCAUGGCGAAAAAGCAGGGCAGCUUCAACGCGCGAGCCAAGCUACGUAUGGGUCUGAUGGCGGUCCGCGCUGCCGUGCGCCUGCGGAGACUGCCACACACAGCUGCCCGCGCCGUCUCGUUGCACGCGGCUCUGGGGGACCCUUACACCAUGCGCGCGUUGAGGAAGGUGAUAGACGGCUGCGCCUUCCGAGUGUACGGGCACUGGGUCAAGAAGGGCGAGGGCCAGAACCGCGCCGCGCUGUUCGAGAACAUGCCCAAGACCGAGCUCAAGAGUCUGUACGUCAGCAACCUCAGCCGAUAGCGAGGGCUGGAGUGCUGACAGGAUUUGUAAACAUACCAGGGUAAAGGGAUAGUCACUUCCCGCCGAUCCGCAGGCCGAGUGCACGACGUAGUACACCGCACAUUGUAGGUACGCCACAGAGGAUAAACUACCCUUUUAUCGGCUCCACCUAUGAUUGGCACUUUUAUAUAGGUUAUAAAACCUUAUUUUAACACGCGCACUGCGAUACGGGGUCCAUUCGACUCCGUGAUAGAGCUAUGGGUUUAGCUAAUUGGGUACUUGACACAAUGUUGAA